AUGUCAAUCCUACCAACCAUCAACAAACAAUUUCCAUUCAACAACCUGAGAAAACUAAAUCUUGAUGGUUUCAUUUGUCGAGAUAGUAACAUCUUACAACAAUUUAUUUCAACGAUGGAAAUACCACUUGUCAAACUGAUACUUCCAUCUCACUUGAGACCACAACUACCAUUUUUGGCUCGACAUGCAAGCAAUACACUCAAACAAUCGCUAGAAACCAUUCGACUGGAAGAAAGUUCCCAACCAUUACUUUUACAACAAUUCCCAAAUAUCAAACACAUCAUUGUUGGUGAUAUGAAUGAAUCAACCAAGUUUAUAGUCUCGAACCAUCGAUUCACCAAACUGACAUCCCAUUCCUAUUCCUAA